CCGAAAAGGAAACAAGACGAGUGGAUAUCAUGUUUCUCGUCCGGGGCCCGCGCUUGGAUCGGGUCUGAAAACAUCUACUGCCGCCAGUCGUCAGUCGAAUUCCAGUCACUGCCACGUUCGGAAUGCGUCCCCGUCGUGGAACGCCGAAAUAGCGGUUGGUUGUGCGUGUGUUCGCUAGGGAAAAAAAGGACGAUAACCAUCUGUGCUUAAAGCUGCGGUGAAAAUUGUGUUUCAGCUUCUUUUUCUUUUGUUUUUGGGUGUCGGUGAAAUAGUUGAAUGAGUUUGAAGGUGAAAAUAUGAGUGAGAAAUAGCAGGCCGAAAUUUGAAUUGCAGAACAUUGGUGAAUAAAACUGUUCAGGAUAUCUAUUUGAAUAGCUAAUUAGUAGAUCAAAAAAUCAAUCGGCGAAAUAUUUCUUUAAAGUGCAUUGGUAGCUUCCUAGAAUUACCGUUAGGUACACUGGUACUUUACAUAGCCAGCAGCUUUGCAUCGAUUUAUUUCACCCGAUAACUCACCGCUACAAACGCGAAGGUGUGGGAAAAAAACCGCUAGGUUCCGGCUGUAGAAACUACAGUCGGAAACCAUCCGACCAUCAGCACCAUUGAUACUCACGUGACAAUUGCCAGCCCAGCAGCGACAACAGCGGUGGUCGUUGCGGGGCCAAUCACCAUGCGGCUGAAAGGUUCACGGAAGAGUUUCGGCCGACAUCGAUCCAGGAAUGUGCUAGAGUUUCCUCAUCCCAGCACACCAUCCUUCACUUAUAACAAAAACUACGUAAAACAGUUUUGUUGGGAACUAUGUGUAUAAUCGUUGAUCGGUAGCGUGAUCGAUUUUCCGGACAGUGUAAGUUACAAAGACAGCUGAAGUAGUAAUACUAAUAGUAGUAGUAGUAGUAUAAGAAGAAAAAGACACCUGAUGGAUUAUUUCAACAAUUUGAACCCAUUCCGACGGCGUCGGCCGGGGUCCGAUGAUGCGACGGAGCCCAAUACGGGGGGCUCGCCGACGACCCCACCGAUACCGCCACCGACGAUCGUACUCUCGCCGGCCAGUCCGUCGUCGGGGCAAAUUUCCGAUGGUUCCAGCGAAUCAAACGGCUCGAACGGAGACAAAAAACACAAGAAGAAAAACAAACGUGAUCAUGGCAUUUCCGUUGUUCCGAUCAGUGAGGUGACGGAAGCGUCGCUGGAACUAUGGCGCACACUGCCGUCCAAGAUCCGGCAGGAUCCGAGCAUGGUGUCGUUCCGGCAGGUUGAACUCGAGCAGGCCCGGUUACAUGGUGACGACCAUGACGCUUCGUUUUCCGACAUGCAACCGGUGGAGGAUGAGCCGGAAGAAGAUGAGCCGGGGGAUUACGAUGAGGAUGAGAACGGGAGUGAGUACAUCACCAUCAACGUGACCAACGAGGAGGGCGAAAACAAAGAGGUCGAACACAUCAAGGAAAAGCGAGAAAUCCCGAAGCCCCACGUGCACCAUCUCGCCGGUCACUACAUCAGCAAUAUCACGCCAAAGCACGAAGAUUUCAGUGACACCGGUCAAAACCAGAUGGACGAGGAUCAUCCCAUUCGGAAGUACUCGAAAAUCAUCUGUCUGUUCAUCACGUGGAUGGUGAUAAUGUGCUUCCUGGCGCUGAAGGACGAGAAAAUUAUAGCCGAGAAACACCUCUCGAUUCCGGUUGGAAAACCCCGAUCGUACAUUCUGCCGAAGCUUCCGCUGAGCACUCGCGUUAAGCUUUCAUUCGAGGGCACGUUUCUCGGGGAACAGUUCAGCAACAUCACCGAGAACUAUUUGACAAUCUACCUGCAAUCUCUGACCUCGGACCUGGACAGGAACGUAUCAGACUCGCGCAGUGCCGAACUAGGUUCGGUUCGAAAUAUCAGCGAUCCCUGGCAUAUCCCGAUCGUUCAUCCGUACCUCUUUGACAAUGCACCGGUCAUUAAAAAACCGCACAUAUUCGAUAUCGGUGACAGCAACUUCGAGCGCAUCCAUCAGCAGAGCAGUGUGGUUCGAUUGAUUGUGAAAAGUAACAUCCAGACCAGUAUCCCGAUUGCAGUGCAGUACGAUCAGUCCCCCGUGAACCGGGACGUGGGUGUGAUCUACGCUGCGUUCGUGCUGAUCUUCCUGUACGCGUUGAUCGUUUGGGAGAUCGUUCAUCGAACGUUUGCGGCCGUGAUUGCGUCGACACUGGCGAUCUCCAUUCUGGCUGCACUGGACGAUCGACCGACGAUGGAUGACGUGGUGGGUUGGAUUGAUGUGGAAACGAUUCUGCUGCUGUUUUCGAUGAUGAUCCUGGUGGCUAUUCUGGCGGAGACGGGGAUCUUUGAUUUUCUCGCUGUUUACAUUUAUAAGAUCACCAAUGGAAAAGUUUGGCAACUCAUCCACUGCUUAUGCAUCUGCACCACGCUGAUCUCGUCCUUUCUGGAUAAUGUGACCACGGUACUGCUGAUGGCUCCCAUCACAAUAAGAUUGUGCGAAGUAAUGGACAUGAAUCCUGUUCCGAUCCUGAUGGCCAUCACAGUACACGCAAACAUUGGAGGAACAACGACACCGGUUGGGGAUCCACCAAACGUGAUCAUCACGUCGAACCAGUAUAUUCUGAAACACGGGGUAACAUUUUUAACGUUUACUGCUCAUAUGCUGCUCGGAGUGGUCAUCGUCGUAGUGGCCACCAACAUCCACCUUCGCAUCAAGUUCCGGAAUAUCAACAGUCUCCGGAUGCACGAACCCAAGGAACUGCGUGAGUUGCGACGAAACAUCAGAGUGUGGGAACUAGCCGCCGGAAAGAUUCCACCCUAUUCGAAGGAUGCCAACAUUGUACGCGAGACACUGAUGAAAAAGGUUCGCCUGUUGAAGCACGAGCUGAAGAAGAUGAUGACCAAAGUGAGCCUGCCGAAGGACGUUUAUCGUUCGACACUCGAGGAGCUGCAAAAGGAACAUCCGAUCAAAAACAAAGGAUUGCUUAUCAAAUCUGGGGUCGCUUGUGCCCUGGUCAUUGCACUGUUCUUCCUGGAAUCGAUUCCCGAGCUACGGCGACUGUCCUCCGGAUGGGCUGCCCUACUGGGUGUAGUUCUUUUGCUAAUCAUCGCCGACAAAAACGACAUGGAUGCGAUUCUCUCGCGUGUCGAGUGGCCAACCUUGCUCUUCUUCGCGGCGAUGUUCACCCUGAUGGAAGCCGUCGAACGGAUGGGUCUAAUCGAUUGGAUUGGCCAUGCGACUGAGACCAUCAUUCUGGCCGUGUCCGAAGAUCUCCGGCUGGCGAUAGCCAUCAUCAUUAUACUGUGGAUUUCGGCACUCACGUCGGCUUUCGUCGAUAGCAUUCCGGUGACAGCGAUGAUGGUCAAGAUCGUCGUGACACUGUCGGAAAAGUCAUCCCUCGGUCUACCACUUCAACCGCUGGUGUGGGCUCUAGCCUUUGGAACAUGCUUAGGAGGCAACGGAACCCUGGUCGGUGCUUCCGCCAACGUCAUUUGUGCAGGAAUUGCGGAACAACACGGUUAUCAGUUCAGUUUCAUGGACUAUUUCAAACUCGGAUUUCCCAUCAUGCUGGUGAGCGUGAUUGUAACGACCGGAUAUUUGAUUAUGGCCCACGUCGUGUUCGCCUGGCACUGAGCCAAACAAAUCUUGGCUCCGGCAGGGAAGACUGGAAGGGAUCAAACUGGGAAAUAUCAUACUGUUCGCGGGAUGUGGAGAGUUUGUAAUUAUAGUACUAUAAGACUAUACUAUAUCGUGUCGAUUUCUUCGACACCAGUGAGUGUGUUUUUCUUCUUAUCAACUAGUUAGAUUACGAUUCAUCAUCCACUUGUUACAUUUGUGUUGUAUUUUUUCUUACUUGCAUAUGUUUGUAUAACUGGAAAAUUUUAAUGUAAUACGAAUAAAUUAAAAACCAAUUACUAGA